AUGUUUAACUUCUUGCUGCAGGGUAAGGUCGGGGAGAUGAUGGCACCCGUCCAGUCGCAGGAGGCGCAGCUGCUCAUCGCGAUUCAGAACAGACAGCAAGACAAGAUCCGCGAGCUGCUGGAGGUGAAAGGGGUGGGCGCUAACACCGCCAACGACCGAGGGGUGCGGCCGAUGCACAUGGCAUGCCAGACCGGCAACAAUCACCUGGUGCAGAGAUUGCUCGAGCUGGGCGCGGACAUCAUCACCGCAGACAAGGCGGGCAACACCCCCCUGCACUACGCCUCCAAGGGGGGGCACACGGACAUGGUUAAGAUGCUGGUGGGGCAGGGGGCGGCCGUGGAGCAGCGGAACAGCCACAGGCUGACGGCCUACGACGUCGCGACGGACCACGUCAUCCGCCAGUUUCUCCUUCCGCUCCAGCUCAAGGUGUGCUCCGUUGUGUGGUUUCUUGGUCUUGUGUUUUCAGCGUAA